AAACCCGAACCACAAACUCUGCAAAGUAAAAAAACCACACAAACAUUCAACAGCUAGCGGCGCUAUAGCCUUGAGAAGCUGCAAUGGUGGAAGAAAUUGAAGAGGCAGUCGAGGUCGCACGGCCUCAAGGCCGUCAUAUAAGGAAGAGGGCUCUCAAAAACAAAGCUCUCUCCGUCAAAUUCAACGAGAAGGAUCUCAGGGACUAUGUGACUGGGUUUCACAAGAGGAAGAAGAAAAGGAGAAAGGAAGCUAAUAAACAGCAAGAGGAGGCUCAAAGGCGAAAGCGUAUUGAGCUGCGCAAAAAGAGGAAAUUGGAAAAAGAACUGGUUCUCUAUGGUGGAGCUCCACCAGCCAAUGAUUCAGUGCCUGAUGAAAAUGAGGAGGACGAUGAAGAAGAUGAAGAAACAGAGCCAAUUGCAUCUGUUUCUGGGUUGACAACAUAUGACAAUGGCAACAUGAAAGUCACAGUAACAACAUGUGAGAUUUCUCGUGAAGAAGAAAUCUUGCCAAGUGACAAAACAGAGGCAGCAGUGCCACGACCAGCUGGAGCUGAUAAGAAGCACACUGUGCCUGUGACUAAGAAGAAAGCAUUCAAGAGAGUUGCAAGAACAAAGUCACGAUCAAAGCCUCAAAAUAAAAGAGACAAAAAGAAGGGAAAGAACAAGAACAAAAAGAUGCGCUAGCUCUCUGCCUGGAUCAACCUGUUCUUCUCUAUUGACUGAUUAUAAGUUUAAUGACUUGGCUGUGUAGAGUUUUUUUGGUUGGUUUCUAGGUUUUGUUAUAUGAUAGCUGAGCCAUUGACCUUGAGUUACACAAUGUCUAUCAUUUGAUUAUUCAGAAAAGUGUUUAAUUUA